AUGGGUUCUUGGAUAUUCAAGUUACUGCUGCCGACACUUGUGCUUGUGUUGUUGAUUCAUCAUGCUGGUUCGAGCUCUAUCAUCAGAUAUCUUCCUGGUUUUGAAGGCCUUCUUCCUUUUGAGCUUGAAGCCGGGUAUCUUGGUGUUGGUGAGGCAGAGCAAGAUCAAAUGUUCUACUACUUCAUCAAAUCUGAGAACAAACCAGAAGAAGACCCUCUCCUUCUCUGGUUAACUGGAGGACCUGGCUGCUCUUCUUUCUCUGGUCUUGCUUAUGAGAAUGGGCCUAUUACUUUCAAGGUUGAGGCCUACAAUGGAACUAUCCCCUCUUUGGUCUCUACUACAUAUUCAUGGACUAAGGUGGCAAAUAUAAUAUAUUUGGACGCUCCUGUUGGGGCUGGUUUCUCCUACACAAAAAAUCCAUGCACAGGAAACUCUUACUCCGGCAAGGUGGUUCCGGCCAUCGUUCAAGAAAUAUCAAAUGGAAAUUGUAUAUGCUGCAAACCUCAAAUAAACCUUCAGGGCUACGUGCUCGGAAACCCGUUAACAGACUUAGAUUUUGAUAGAAACGCUCGCAUUCCAUUUGCUCAUGGAAUGGCACUCAUCUCUGAUGAACUCUAUGAGUCGUUGACCAGAAGCUGCGGAGGAAAUUAUUUUAAUGCGGAUCCUCUUAACACGGAAUGCGUAAAAGAAGUUGAAGAAUUCAAGAAGUGUAUUUCUAGAAUAUAUCCCGCAUUUAUUCCAUUAUCAGAAUGUGACGAAACAUCUCCUGAUUGCUAUACAAAUAGGUUUUUGCUAUCCGAAUACUGGGCUAAUAACGAGACCGUACGCAGAGCACUUAAAGUGGUCGAGGGGACUAGGGAGAAAUGGCAACGAUGUGAUGAGGAUCUUCUGUAUAAUCGAGACAUAAAAACCACCAUACCAUACCAUAUGAAUAACAGCAUCAAAGGCAUUCCAUCUCUCAUCUUCUGCGGUGAUCAGGAUAUGCAAAUCCCUUUCAUAUCACCUCGAGCAUGGAUAAAGUCUCUAAACUAUUCCGUUACUGAGAAAUGGAGGCCAUGGAUGAUACAAGAUAAAGUCGCUGGAUACACCACGACUUAUGCUAAUAAGAUGACAUUUGCCACUGUGAAAGGAGGUGGGCACACGUUAGGGUAUAAACCAGAUGAUAGCUCGAUCUUGUUUAAGAGGUGGAUUAGUGGCCAACCUCUUUAA